GUUUAAUUUUAGACUUUGCCUGGGGUGUGAGCAGACCAUUUACCAGCUAGAGACAGAGCCAAUAGCACUGUCCACUCAGCUCUAGAACUGUGUAGUCAUCGUGGAUAUACUUUUUACCCUUUAGAUUGAAAAUAAACUCUUAAGACAAAUACUAUUCAAAUAUGUCCAGCCAAAGGGACCGAGACAUGGAGGACAUACAUGAGGAAGACAUUGAUGAAGAUGAUAUCCUAGCCAGCUUGUCUCCUGAGGAGCUUCAAGAACUCCAGAAAGAGAUGGAUGUUUUAGCUCCAGACGAGAGAGUACCGCUUGGUCAGAGACAGAAUGACCAGAAGAAAGAGAAGCCAUCCGCCGACUCUGAUGAGGAUGAAGACAUUGAUGAAGAUGAUAUCCUGGCAAAAUUGUCUCCUGAGGAGCUCAAAGAGCUCCAGAAAGAGAUGGACGUUAUAGCCCCGGAUGAGAGGGUACCUGUGGGUCAGAGGCAGAAGAGCCAGACAGAGAAGGCGCCCACAGGUUCGUUUGACCACAGGGGCCUGGUGGAUUAUCUGUACUGGGAGAAGGAGUCCAAACGCAUGCUGGAGGAGGAGAGGGUCCCCGUCACUCUACUGCCCAGUAAGAAAACUAUGGAAGAGGAUGCUGAAAAGAAAGAAAUCGCUGAAGACUUGGAGAUUGUGUAUGAGGUGGUAGAAGAAGUCAUCGAGGUGGAAGCUACAGACGGUGUUGAAGGAGAGGAAGUGAUAGAGGAGAUUAUAGAGGUAAUGAUUGUGGAGGAGGAGGAGGAAGAGGAUGUGAAGAAGGAGAAAGAGGAACAGGAGAAAAAGGACAUACCCGUAAAAGAUGAAAGGGUCAUAGAAAAACAUGAACAUCCAGUGAAUGAGCAUCUAAAAGAGUCACCGGAUGAUAACAGCACUAACACUGUAAACACUACCAGUCCUCUGCAACCCCCACCAGAGUCCGCAGACAUGAAAGAAAAUAAAGAGAUUGAGAGAACAGAGCAAAAGAGCACAUCACAAAUACCUGAGAAAGUAAAAAAUAACACCACAGACGCUCCCGUUCCUGAAGAAAUAGAGAUGACUCCAGAGGAGAAGAGGGCCUGUUUUGUUCCAGAGAAAGAGGUGAGGGUAAUUAACAAACUAAAUAUUCCAAAGCUGGCCCUUGGUGGGGGCCUUGGUGGCCUUGGUGGGGCCAAGAAGACAUCAAGACCCUCAGGGAAUGAGACAAACCUGGACACCACUCUGGAUAAGAUCUGCAACAACAACCCCACUAUCACAGACGUAAACCUGAAUAACAUAGAAAACAUUCCCAAAGAAAUGCUAAUAGAAUACGUCAAUGCCUUGAAGAAGAACAAACACGUCAAGACCUUCAGCAUAGCCAACACCGGCGCAGACGAAAACAUUGCCUUCACCCUGGCCAACAUGCUGAGAGAGAACCGUAGCAUCACCACACUGAACAUAGAGUCUAACUUCAUAACAGGGAAGGGCAUUAUUGCCAUUAUCCGCUGCCUACAGUUCAACGAGACGCUCACUGAGCUCCGCUUCCACAACCAGAGACACAUGCUGGGCCACCACGCAGAGAUGGAGGUGUCACGCCUGCUCAAGGCCAACAACACCCUCCUGAAGAUGGGCUACCACUUUGAGCAGGCGGGCCCCAGAAUGGUGGUAACCAACCUGCUGACCAGGAACCUGGACCGCCAGAGACAGCAGAGGAACGAGGAGCAGAGCAAGCAGCAGCAGCAGCAGCAGAAAGAGGUGUUUGAGAUGUACGAACGGGCUCUGAACCUGCCCCCAGGGCUGCUGGCGAUGCUGGGCUAUGUCCCUCCCGAAAUCGCGGCCCUCAUGCCGCAGCUUCCCAAGGGUCCCCAGGGUCCCAUGGAACCCAAACCAGAGCCCUCCUCCAGAUUCCAGCAGAACAGCCCUCUACAGCAGCCGCAAAAGCAGCAGAACACUUCUCCACAGUAUCAACACAAGCAGUUUAAACACAUGCAGUGCAACCCCAUUCCACAACAACCUCCCAGCACGGACUCCUCUGGUAACCUUCUGAAGGACAUCCAGCUGAAGAGGACCCCCAAAAAGCGUGACCCUUUCCUGGACAUAGACCUUAGGGAGGACAGGAGAGCAGAGAGGCCGAAUGUCCAGCUCAGGAAGACAUCAGGACAAACGAGGGACACAGGCGUUGAUGAGAUGGUAGAACUGAAGGCCACUCUGAAAGAUGUGAUGAAGACACUGAAGCCUGUCCCUCGGAGGCGGCAGCCGGCCAAGGUGGAUGUGACGCCCCGCGAUGAACUUCUUAAUGAGAUCAAAAAGAGCAACGUGGCCUAUCUCAAAGCUGUGCCACUCCCCAAAGAAUUGGAAUCAAGAGAAACCAGUCUCUUCAAUCUCUGAGGAAUCUACAAUACCUUUAUUUCUGUGUUUGUUUAACAUGUUUAAUCUCUUCAUUAACAAUAAUAUGCUUGCACUUGUAACACUAGUUUGCCUCAGUACUCCUGUUCAGGCAGAACACAUUUUGUUCCUUGAGGUUUGGAAGAACUAGUAUGGUAUUUGGAUAUGAGUCUACAGCUGGAAAAUGCACCAUACAAUGUGCAUAGUAUAAGUAGUCUCAAUUAAUAAUUAAGUUUGUUUAGGUAAAAUGAAUUUACUUUGAACACUCCCAAAUGAGUGUGGGCAAAUCCAUAAUGCAUCAUCUACUGAUGACAGGUCUUUCAUCUACAGAUUUUCAAAACCACUGGUGUCUGCUGUCCGCUUUGCAAUUGCAAACAGCUGAACCCCAGAAUAUAGAGUAUAGGAUUUGUCUUUUACUGUGUAAAACGCUGUGGGCCAGUGGUCCAGAAGCUAGAUUUCAAAUCAGACUUCUGUUUCAUGGAACAGUCCAUCUUAACAACUCAUAAUUCUAAUGAGUGUUGACAUUAAAAAUCAGUGUACAAUCAAAAUGUCUAAUAUUUCAAUGGUUUCUUCAUUAAUUAACAUAGUUAAAAGACAAUAUGGAUUCCUUAAAUUAAGUUUUAUUGUUAUGGUGGAACACAGUGCUCUGCUUCCAAGUCUGUAGUUAUGUUAUCACUACUCAUCAAUAGAAAUACUUACACACAAAAAAAAAUCUGUUAUAACAUCGUUAUAA